CGCUCAGCCACGCUGGUAGCCUGAGCUGGCGGCCACUGCCACACCCACGAACGCACGCUUCCACGCGUGUCUUCCGCGAUCCCAUCCUCACCUAAAAGCAGAGCGGGAGAAGGGGAAGGGACUCGCGUUUCCCCGCCCCACCGGCCAGCCCGCGAGGGCACGGACCCAGCCGGCGACCCCGGGCGGAGGAGAAAAGGAGGGGGCACCCACGGACUGACGUCUCAGCCCCUCCGCGGGAGGCUCCGCGCCGGCUCCGCGCCAGCCGGGCCCUUCGCUCCGCGGGGGCGGCGGGCGCGGGGGGGCGGGCGCUCGCUCGCCCGUGGCUGCCGGCGGGCGAUGCGCUUCCUCCGCUGAGCGAGCCGCGGGCCGAGCCGGCAGGAUGACGGUGGAGUUCGAGGAGUGUAUUAAGGAUUCGCCCCGGUUCCGGGCAACCAUUGAUGAAGUGGAAACAGAUGUGGUGGAGAUAGAGGCAAAGCUUGACAAGCUGGUGAAGCUAUGCAGUGGGAUGAUUGAAGCAGGCAAAGCCUACAUCACCACGAACAAGCACUUUGUCAGCGGAGUCCGGGACUUGUCGCAGCAGUGCAAGAAGGAUGAAAUGAUUUCUGAGUGCCUCGACAAAUUUGGAGACAGUCUGCAGGAAAUGAUUAACUAUCACAUGAUCCUGUUUGACCAGGCUCAGAGGUCAGUCCGGCAGCAGCUGCACAAUUUUGUGAAAGACGAUGUCCGGAAGUUCAAGGAAACCAAGAAGCAGUUUGACAAGGUGCGAGAGGACAUGGAGAUUUCUCUGGUGAAGAAUGCCCAGGCACCUCGGCACAAGCCUCAUGAAGUGGAGGAGGCGACAGGCACCUUGACCAUAACCAGAAAAUGUUUCCGGCAUCUGGCCCUAGACUAUGUAUUGCAGAUCAAUGUCCUGCAGGCCAAGAAGAAGUUUGAAAUCCUGGAUGCGAUGCUGUCCUUCAUGCAUGCCCAGUACACCUUUUUCCAGCAGGGCUAUAGUCUUCUCCAUGAACUGGAUCCCUACAUGAAGAAACUAGCCACAGAGCUGGACCAGCUGGUGAUUGAUUCUGCAGUGGAGAAGAGGGAGAUGGAGCACAAGCAUGCACUGAUACAGCAGAGGACCCUCCUGCAGGACUUCUCUUAUGAUGACUCGAAGGUGGAGUUUAAUGUUGAUGCCCCAAAUGGAGUGGUGAUGGAAGGCUACCUCUUCAAGAGAGCUAGCAAUGCUUUCAAAACAUGGAAUCGGAGGUGGUUCUCCAUUCAGAACAGUCAGCUGGUGUACCAGAAAAAGCUAAAGGAUGUCCUCACAGUAGUGGUGGAAGACCUGCGGCUCUGUACUGUCAAGCCAUGUGAAGACAUAGAGAGAAGGUUUUGCUUUGAAGUCGUCUCACCUACCAAGAGCUGCAUGCUGCAGGCUGACUCGGAGAAGCUGCGUCAGGCCUGGAUUCAGGCUGUUCAAGCUAGCAUUGCUUCUGCAUACCGGGAGAGUCCUGACAGCUACUAUAUUGAAAGACUGGACCGGACUGCUUCCCCAUCAACUAGCAGCAUUGAUUCUGCUACUGACUCCCGGGAGCGCAGUGUGAAAGGAGAGACCAUCUUGCAGAGAGUGCAGAGCAUCCCUGGGAAUGACCAGUGCUGUGACUGUGGUCAGCCAGAUCCUCGCUGGGCCAGCAUCAACCUGGGCAUUCUGCUGUGCAUCGAGUGCUCCGGCAUCCACAGGAGUCUGGGUGUUCACUGCUCCAAGGUCAGAUCUCUCACACUGGACUCCUGGGAGCCAGAGCUACUGAAACUGAUGUGCGAGCUGGGGAACAGUACUAUGAAUCAGAUUUAUGAGGCACAGUGUGAAGAGUUGGGACUUAAGAAACCAACAGCAGGGAGCUCCAGGCAGGACAAAGAAGCCUGGAUCAAGGUGAAGUAUGUGGAGAAGAAAUUCCUGAAGAAGCUGCCAAACGGGGAGACUCUAACAGAGAAUGAACGAAAACCUCGGCGCUGGAGUGUGAAGAAGUGCCAGAGACACAACAGCACCACGAAAGCACCCACGGCUCGUCGAAAGUACCGCCACGAAGCAGGCAAUGCAUCACCAGCCAUGUUGUCAUCAGCAGCUACACUGGAGAGGAAAUUCCGUCGAGAUUCCCUUUUCUGCCCCGAUGAGCUGGACUCUCUCUUCUCCUACUUCGACACCGGUGCUGGCUCCGGCCCACGCAGUCUGAGCAGUGACAGUGGACUUGGAGGAAGCACAGAUGGCAGCACUGAUAUCCUGGUGUUUGGCUCUGUGGUGGACAGUGUGACAGAGGAAGAGUGCGAGGUGUCAGAGGAGUCGAGCGGUGAGGCAGAGAUUGAACAGGAGGCAUCAGAUUUGGAGGACCUGAGGGAGCUGCAUCCUGGCUUGUUGAUCUACAAGGCAGCACAAGCCCGAAACCUGCCUCUGAUGGCAGAAGCACUUGCCCAUGGUGCCGAGAUCAACUGGGUGAAUGAUGAAGAUGAAAACAAAACUCCUCUGAUUCAAGCUGUGAUGGGGGGCUCCUUGAUAGCCUGUGAAUUCCUGCUGCAGAAUGGGGCAGAUGUUAACCAAAGAGAUAUCCGAGGCCGAGCUCCCUUGCAUCACGCCACGUACCUGGGACAUACUGGUCAGGUCUGCUUGUUCCUCAAGCGAGGGGCAAAUCAGCAUGCGGUGGAUGGCGAUGGGCAGGACCCGCUCAAUAUUGCUGUCCAGGCAGCCAACGCAGACAUAGUCACCUUGCUGCGUCUGGCUCGAAUGAAUGAGGAAAUGCGAGAAGCAGAGGGUCCCUUUGGACAACCAGGUCAAUAUCCCAGCAACAGCCCUACUGAGCUGCAAUACAGGAAGUGUAUACAGGAAUUCAUCAGCCUUAAUAUAGAUGAGUGUUAGUGACAACUCCCCCACCUCCCCUUUUGCUGUCUUGAAGUUGGGCUGAAUUUCUAGAAGCCCUGAGAGCCCCAUCCUUGGUAUAUUGGUGUUUCUUGCAGAUUGGUCUGUUUUUGAUGCCUGCACAUAUAAGUUGAGAUGCACACAGGAAGGAAAAGGGGUCUUUCCUGUUAGCAUUAAGUUCUCAUGCUUGGCUACCGGAUGGUUGAUUAUGUGUAGGAGACUCCUAGGGCAUAACCACAGACCAUGGCAUGUAGACUUGAGUGUGUGAAAAGUAUGGGAGACGAGUUUAGCAUUUAAAAAAAAAAAAAAAAAAAAAAAAAAAAAGGAAAGAGAAAAGGAAACCCUCUAUCACCAGGAGAAACCCACCAACAAUACGAUCAGAUGAACCUGUCUCUGCUUCAGUGUCAGUGUAGUUACUGUGCACUGAGUUCUCGUCUGAACAGUUUGUUUGGAAGGGAUUCUGACGUGGAGCCCUCUGUCCUGGCAGCGUGACCAGCAGCCUGCUCUCUCAUGGAACUGCUGCAGUGUCUGGGAGCUGCUGGGGCCAGUUUAGAAAACUAAAAGAUGACCUCUAAGUCAGGAACAGACUGUUUUGCGGGGCAGAGAUAUUUUGCUCCCGAAGGCACAACAGAAGGGGUAGGAUUGAGAGUGAUGGCUACUCACCUUAAUUGCUCUCAGGACUAUACCAGCCACGCUCCCCUUUUUUUGCCUUUGGUAUUUAGCUGGUCAAAGCCAUAGCUCACUUGCUUCCUGGGCCAAGAUGCAAUCUGCACAGUGUUACGGAAGCGGCAGUGCUAAUUUUUUGAGGCUGGGAGAAGCUUGUCGCUGGCGAUGGGCUUUGUGUCAGGGAAGAAAAGCCACAUCCAACUCCCACUGCCUAAAUGUCUGGCUGCACGAUGCAAUUUGACUUUGGUCCAGUUUGUUUCUUGGUCACUUCAGAUUUCUGACUUAGCAUCUCUGUGAAAGAGACUUCUACUUGCAUGUGUACCCCUCUGUGCUCUCCCCCCGCACGCUGAAGCAUGUGAGUAGGGCAUCUCAGCAGCUGGCCCAGGGGCUUUUGAGUUCCCCAAUUCCAAUGACCGGCAGAAUCUUCUUUUUGUUUCUUCCCUCCUUCUUGUAUUAUUCUUUGCUGGGAGUGGGGGAACGUGUUUCUACUUAGAGCACUUUGUUGCUAUGUUUAUGGUCUGUGUUACAGGGAUCAUGCUACGGCAGCUCUGCCGAGGUGCUGCAGCCAUGUAAUCCUGUCUCGGGAGAGCUUGCAGAGCACAAGUACCACUGGCACGUUGUCCUCGGGCUGGCAGUUUGGAUGCCAAGCUGAGGUGUGCUCCUGUAAGAGCCUCUUCAAAAUGCCCUGAACUGCAAGUGACAUCUGAGUUUUUCAGGACUAGUGGGUGGCAGUCCACGACUGGUAUUUAGCCUGCCUGGGCACCUAGGCUGCUGGCUCUGGGGUUGGGCCAUAGUGCCUUAUGGAUAGUGCUGGGAUCUUGAAGGGAUCAGGAUCUCUCAAGGAAUGCAAGAAUACCAGGCAGAGUUCCCCAUCCUCCUGCAUCACAUCAGCAGUGAGACACAAUCAUGCUAUUUUUCAUCCAAUACAUGUUUGAACAACUUUACUUUUUUUUUUUUUUUUUUUUGUGCAUACUGGCUGCUGUUGUGCUGCAGCCCUUAGUGGAUGAAACCUUUGCAGGUUUGUUUCUGUUGAUAUAAUUGUGUCCUCAGAUACUGAAGCGACAGAGAUCCAGCUCUUCACACAAGAUACUGCCCUCAGAGACUGAAUCAACAGCACUCAGUGUUCACCCACAUGUCUAAAAGUGGAACAACAAAGAAACUCCACUUAGUGUGUCUCUAGUAGGGUCCUCUCAGUUCAAGAGAGAGUCCCUGCUUCCUUAGGGAAGUGCUAUCGCAAGUUUUUGCUGCAGCCAGACCACAGUUUUCUGGGUCUUGAAGUCCAUCUUUGUCUUGUCACUUCCUCAUUCUUGUUCCCUUUGGAGCUUUGGGAUGCUCAGCACCGAGUGCUGUUUUGAUCUCGAUCCCAGCUGUCUGAAAUGGUCCUGGUGACUGCGCUGAAACUGCUGCGGAGCAACAGCUGUGCAAAAUCUGGCCCCAGGGCCUUUUGCGCUUCCCUAAAUAAUAAAUGAUCUCCUUCCACCAAUUUUGGAAAAGAAAAAUUAACAAGAUUGGCCCCAUCAGCCUUUUUAACAUUGUCAGUGCCUUUCACGGCACUUUCUCCAUCGCCCUGCUCCCAGGAGGCCAGUGAACCUGCCGACUCAGCACGCUGAUGGCUUGCAGGGGGGAGCGCACUGUGCAGACUUGUGUUCUGCCUACUUCAGUGCCUGGUCUGGAACUUUCCUGUAGUCUUUGACCAGGCAGUGCUCCCUCUGAACUCUUCUCUGAGGAGAAGCUGUAGGACCCGCCCUUAAGAGUUGGCAGAGGGCAGGUCACUUGGUCUGUACUCUUAUUCUGCUCAGCUCUGGCACCCUCAGGAUUGAUUCAGGUCUGCGUGUGGGAUGAGGCAGUGUGGCAUAAAAUGCCAUCAUCGCUGCAGUUCGGCUUCAGAGGAGCGCUAGGAUAUAGAAAUCCUUACAAAUUUCUUUGAGGUAGGGCCAGUUCUGAUUGUAGCUUCCACAUGUGUUCUGACUGUAUCAUACACUGCUUAAGUGAUAUCAAAUGAAGGCAGAUGUGCACCGUGUGUAGCUGUUGCUGCAGUGCUGCUACAUGGUCUCCUUCUGUUGGCAUUUGAUAUGCCCCAGGUUAAAUAUCUUUCUUCCUGAUACCUGUGUGAAGGUACAGCCAGCAUCGCUGCCCACUCAGUGGCAUUACAGAAGGUUCCCAUCUUUACAGCCUCACAGAGCUUCAUCUUUUGGUCCUUUGCAUUGGACUUUGUCUUCUUCCUGAUCCGAGUCACCCUAGAUUUAAAUGGGCUUCCCCACGGAGCAGGGUGGUGCCUUCACUUGUGUGCCAGUUGACACCCCUUCCUUGUCAGCUGAGCCCUUGUACCCUGCAACUGGUGGUAGAGUUACUGUCAGUCUGAGUGGGGUCAGGAGCAAAUCUGUAGUCUUACAAGACAGUGCGAAAUGCCCUGCAGAGCUCAGAUGUCGGGUCAAGUGGGUGGUGCUGAGCCUGCUUGCGACACAGCAAAGCCCUGAAGCACUUCGGCAGGAUGGUGCUGUGCCUCUGGUUACAUCGCCCAGGUCGCCCCGCGGCCUCCCGAUGGCACUUGGGGUGCUGAAAUCCAGCCAAGAGCUCACUCUGCUUCCCGGGCUAGGAACUGAGAGAGUCUGUGAUGAAUUCUCUUUGCUAAUCCUAUCCCAUUUUAUACCGAUCUGCAUCGAUUUAGACAUUGGUCAGUCCCCUCAAGCUGUGCCCUUUCCUGGAGGAAGGCCACACUGAAUCAAAGCUGGCAUCUUUCAGGGUACUUCUGAGAUCUUGACAGUGAAAGAGAUGUUUCACCACUGCCAUGGUCCUACUCCGUUAAUGAAUUGCAGCAUGGUCAUUGUCUAGCAAUGUUUUUUACAUGUACAGCAACUUAAAACACCCCAAAUGGUUUUACCAGCUUUUUAUGAGAAAACAGAAAUAUGACUGAUCCUUUCUGUAAGCCAGUGAGAACUGGAGACAUGGCUUCCACUUUGGGUCAUUUUAUUUCACAGUUGGCAUUAGUGGCUCAUGAGAACAAUACAAAAAUCAUGUACACUUAGGUGCAUUGAAGCUCCAACUCACUGCUGAAGUACAUGAAGUUAAAGUGUAUGUAAAUACUGAUGCAAAAAGCAGUGUCUUGCAAGACAAUUUAUCUAUUUAACAUGUAUUGGUACUUUAUUUAGAUUCAAUGUAUAAAGCAACUUUGUGCACUUUUCCUACAUACAGUAUUGGGGGGGGUUUAUGUUCUUUUGUUAUGGAUUUUGUGCUGUCUUUUUUAAUCAGUGAAAUUGUUAAAUAUUUAAUUUAUUAUUGAUGUGCCCAGAGGACUAGUGCAAUUUUUAUUCAAUACAGUUUGUCUGUAUUUAAUGUCAGGAUUUUUUUGUAGCAUUGUUAGGGAAUAUUUUUCAAAGCCUACCUUUUUUCCCCCCAUGUUUCCUUUCUUCCCCCCUCACCCCUGCCUUUUCUAUUUUCAUUAUACAGAUUAUGAGGCAUUAAAUGCCUCUAGUUUGAAAUGUAAUCAAACACUUUAGUACAUCCUGCAGUUUCUAACACAAAAAGGUUCUCCAGGAAAAAAAUGCUAAGGAGGCACUUCUCAAUGUUUUCUGUGUUUAUUUGAUUUUUUUUUUUUUUUUUGAUUGGGGUGUGUGUUUGUGUGUGCGCUUAGAAGUUUGGAGAGGAGAGUGGAGAAGUUGUACAGAAAAUUUGUUUUCAGCAAAGUAAAUGGCCAGCCAGGCUACAGGGAAGACUAGAUAUGGAACACUUUCAUUUUUCUCUUCUUCAAAUACAGCUGUAUUUGUGUUGUACAAUCUUGUUUGAAAUAUCUAAUGCCAAAACUACUCUCUUUCCAUUCUUCCUUUCUUUUCAAUGAGUGCGUAUGUUAUCUAUAUGACAGUAACUUGGUUGCAACCACAGUUAACAUGAGGAGAUUUGCCUUUGUCUAGAAAGCAACAUGCCAGGCAUUGUCAAAACACAAAUGGACCCGAACCAUUGCCAGCCACGCAGAUUCUGUCAUCUUUUGAGUUUUUGAGAUCUGGGUGAAUAUUUACAUACCUGUCCUAGCUUUUGUUUGACUUGACCCAAACCCUGUAACCAAGUGCCUGGACAGGUAGUCUAGGUUUGAAUCUUUGGGGUCUGCCACAUGUCUCUGAUUCCAAAUGGGAUGAGUUCAGGUUGCUGGAAAGUUGAAAUGAUACCGUCUGUGUUCCCUCUCCACAUGUCAUCCAGGAAAGCCUCAGGUUAUUUUAAUAUUAUUGUCUCUGAGAUGGUCUCUGCAGCGUGAAAUUUCUUUGAGCAGUCUAGAGGAAAAACAUGGAAUUGUAAGAAUUUAUGUCUUUCAAGGAAAAGGUUUGACAAGCUGAGACUGUGAUCAGCAUAAAAUAGAUAAGUAACAUCUCAGACCAGAAAAAUGGCCAUUAUUUAUGCAAGAGAAAAACAGGACCUCCUAAAGAAAUGCACUGAUUAACUUAUUGUCCAGUGGCCACAACACAGCUGUCCUCUACUGCUAAACUGCUGUGUUGUUCCUGUGCUGCUCAACUGUCCCUGAACCCACUUCUCUCUCCUCACUGCCCGAGCAUUAUUGCUUUCAACCAAAGACAAACCAGGAUGAACGGAUUAAGUGUGAUAUUAAACCAUUGGUUAGCUGAUGACAAAGGUCUGUGUGAGCGUGCGUGUGUGUGAGUGGGCUGCUGUUGCAUGGAGAAGCGGGGCAUGGGGAAGAAGUGACUGAGCAGGAGAAGGGAGAGUGGGAGUUCAGAAGAAAUAAGAUUUUUUUUUUUUUUUUUGAGAUUCCAAAAUACAGAGUGCUGUUUCCAUAGGAAUGUGAUUCGUAUCAGUCUGCCUGCUGGUUCCUCAGCCUUGUAGGGAAUUUGGGCUGGGGUACAUCCCUCUGAGCCGCGUACCCAGGGCUGUGUCAGGGCGGAGAGAGGGCAGCUGGACAGUUACGGGGGGGAAUCAGGGAUAGAGGUGGGGGUGAGUAGCCAAGGUAGUUCCCACGGCACACGAGGACCACGUGCGUUUCUCGUGCAGCAGGUGAGGUGGCUAGAGGGGCUAGCGGACGGAGGAGCACUUGCUCCACAAACGCAUCUCAGCACUUAGCCCCUUCCUCGCAGCGAGGCCGGGAAGGAGCACGUUGAGUUCGUAGGUCCUUGUGCUGGUAACGCGUUGGGGGGGGGGGGGGGGCCAGGCCCUUGCCUCUGUAGACCCAUCUCAGCUGACUUCCAGACGUCACGUCCCUCCAGCGGCACGCGAACGUGUCCGUGUGGAUUCCCCAUCCUGGGAGCCCGCUCCGUGGGACCUGUGACUGCUGAAUCACAGAGACAGAGGAAGCCUCUCUAGCUGUAGGGUUACACGGGCUGGCGGCCUGGAGUGACAGCCUCUGAGAUGAGAAAGCCCAGCCAGCCUCUUCCUGGCUGGGGCUCCCGUACCUUCCUAUCUAAACAGCACAGAGAGAAAGAAGUUCGUUAGCCAAGUCAAAGCUGCUAUGUGUGGUUGAUUAACACGGCUCUGUUACACACUGAAUGGCUGGGCUGCUGUACAGGGGCUGACACUUGCUGUAAAUACGCUAUAACCUAUUAACUUCCUUCACUUGCCUGCUUUCAGUACAACUUUGUAACAUGUUUUUUAAUUCCCCCUUUCCCUACACAGCCUGUACUGACUGUAACUAUGGAACCAGAUAUUCUGUAUGUUAUUAUCUUUGUACAAUUUUAAAACUGUUGCUGUGGUGUCUGCCUUUUUUUUUUCCCUCCCUUCUCUUCUAGUGUCUCUUGAAACACUGUUAAUAAAAAUCUAGAUAAACUCCUUCCCUCCUCCUUCUUUGGCUUGUUUUUUUUUAUGCAGGGUUUCUUGCCUUGUUGCCUGUAUUAACUGGAUCUGGAAAACCACCCCCUUUUAACCUGUUUUCCUUCUCCUCUGCAACCCCCAGCUUGAAUUUUAUGGCAGUGAAUAGACUGGAAUGCCACAUAAAUACUCUGCAUUUUUGUUUGGGUUUCUGUGACACUGUCUUGUGAUAAUGUGAUUUCAGGGUGCUUUGGAAGAAGGCUGGGGUAAAGGUGGCAGAUUCAGAUCACACCCCCCCAACCCACCCAUUCAUGUUUCUUCAGAGUACCUGAAUCAGUUAAUGCUUGAUAUGUUACGAGCUCUGCUGAUGGCUAUCCUGUAAAAGGAGACCUUGCACUAGAUGAAAAUACCAAUCUGCUGCACAUGGACCACCCUUUCCCACAUAUCACAGUGCAAUCCUUCCCCCGUUGGUUUCUCUCAUACUGUGUGUCUGUGGCAGAAAAAUAAAAGAAGAAGAAGAAAA